AUGGUGAGCGUGCUUGCUGGACAUACCAUUAAUAUCGAGAAUUUUAAGCAUGUAAUUGAACUACAGGAUAGAAUAGAGAUCAAACACGGCAUCUCCGACCAUACUGUAAACUCGCUGUCGGGAUGUGCUGCUCUGUGUCUUGGUAACGGAAACUGUUGGUCGUUAUUUUACAAUCACGUGACCCUUAUGUGCCGUCUGAACAAAAACCCUUUCCUUGAUGUCAGUGAAACUUCAAGUCAAUCUGGUUUUCAACACUAUAGUAGAGUGUUCUGUGAAAAUACGUCUCCUCAAAUACUACAUACCUCCAAGACUUUGACUUUGAUAAAUGGAAUUCCCGCCUUAUCCUUUACGUGUAACGUAAAUACUAUCGAAGUAAGUGGAGACGGAGACAUGAAAUGUGAUCUCGGAACUCUUCAAUGGACUUUCGCAACCAUUAUCUGUCUAGACUUAUCAGCGUACAGUGCAAUGGGUUAUACAGAAUUGUGCGGCACAGAGUCUGUUCUGAAGUUUGUCGGAAACAAAGUGACAUUUGAUGUUGGAAAAUCCAGCUGCAUGGGUGACGGUGCUCAAUUGGCUCGACCCGUGACGAGUAUUCGUUGGAAUUGUCUUGCAAACUUCGCUUUUUCAAGAAGUACGGGAACACACGUGUGGAUGGACAUCAAUGACAGGAAUAUUGAAGGAACAUUGAUGUUUUCAGAUAACACUCUAGUACCACUGCCUCACUACUGGUUACCAGGUGAACCAUAUCCUUCCUCGAAAGACGCCUCCGACUGUGUCGGAAUAUGGCCCAACAAGAAAUUAUGGGACGAUCUACCUUGCGGCAAUGUUGCAUAUUACAUCUGUGAAAUAGUUUUGUCUUAA